UUCGCGCACAGCAGGAUUCUUUCCGUUCACUUUCCCAUCCUAAAUGAAGAAGGAAGGAGCAGUUUAAUAAUGGCGGACACGUGUGGACAGGUGGUGCUAGGAACCGGGCUUACGGUUCUUUCCCACCCGCUUAUGUACAUUAAAGUACUAGUGCAGGUUGGGCAUGAACCUCUCCCCCCCACGACUGGAAGGAAUAUAUUUGGCAGGCAGGUGAACCAGCUCCCCGGGCUUUUUGCAUAUGCAAAGUACAUAAUGAAAGUGGAUGGGAAGGCGGGGCUCUUCAAAGGCCUCGUGCCCCGGCUCUGUGCUGGGACUGUCGGCACCGUAGUCCACAGCAGAGUCCUGCAGGUGAGCACUUUAAACAGUUCCAAUGGUGCGUUAUUUUCCACGUCUCUCUUCUUCCUGCAGAUGAACCACAUGGGUGAGAUCCGAAACUGCUCCCAGGCUGUCACUGGGUUCUUUGCUAGCAUGCUCACGUAUCCCUUCGUAUUGGUCUCCAACCUGAUGGCUGUGAAUAACUGUGGGCUGGCUGGUGGCCUCCCCCCCUACGCCUCUGUAUACCCCACCUGGCUGGGCUGCUGGAGACACUUGAGCCUGGAGGGGAACAUGAGCAGAGGAAAUAGUCUAUUUUUCCGAAAGUUGCCAGCAGGAAAGAUGUAUGCAGUGGAUCAGAAGAGAUUCUUUUAAAGGUGAAUCAGCAGCACAGUAAUUGUACCAAGAUGAAGUGGGACAAGUAUAUCAAUUCUUUGUAUGCAUUUGUUUACAUUGUUUAGUUGUUUUUUUUAACUACCACCAGUUCAAAUAAUGAUACGGAAUUUUAUGACAGUGGGAGCUGCUUUGAUUGAAUCAGUAAAGAGCUUUAUAUUAAUACUUAGGGAUUUGUUUAAAAAAGGAACUUUUUAAACUCAUGGCUUGCAAUGAAGGCAAUUCACUUUUUACAUAAGGUGAACAAUGUCUUCCCUUCGCUGUUGGGAUUUGGCGUGUUCCUGGUUAUCAGCAGCGUUCAUUGUACAGAAGUUCCCCACUGUGCCACUGUCAGGCUCCCCCGGCCCGGUCAGGAAGGGCGAUCUCUGGUCUGCCGCCAGUUCACGCGGACUUGCCUAUUUCAGUGUCCCUGCAAGCUCAGCAUGUACCUAUUGUUAUCCUGAGACCAGCCUGUGUCAGUAAGUGUGUUGUAAUGCUGAAUGUGUGAUUAUGCUACGGCUCCAGCAGAGGGUCCAAUUCCAGAGGAAUGUUGAAUAAAGCCAAUGACUGGUGAGAAAUGAG